AACAUCUUAAAUGAGAAGAAACAAAACUAGAAGUCUCCACACGUGACAGCAGCACGACGCUAUAUGAGGAAAAAGGCAGCAAGCAUCAGGACCAGUUGGGAGUCAGUCACCGCUCAAUCUCAGCAGCGCGCAAAACGCAGACUCACUCACCGGCUCUCGUUUUCCGCUUUCACCCCCUCUAAAGAAAGCAACACAUGUGAGUUUGUUUCUGCUGCGCUACAGGACACGGACGGGACAAGCUUGAGUGAGGAAACGCAGGUAAACGGAAUCUAAGCUUUUACAGAGAGGAGGAAAUCCCCCCCUGCUCACCACCUUUUUCCUCCUCCUCGGACCUCUGUUCUCUUCUGGAGACACAAGUUUCUCAUACAAAGAGGGAUGCUGCAUGUUCCCGAGCCGCACUUGCACUCAGAGGGAACCUAAAAGUGGACCGGAGCGGAAUUACACUUCAUCUGAUGCAAGCGCACCAAAACGGACACUUUUAUUGACUGGAGGAUCAGCGCGCUUCAUAAAAUGAUCCCAAUCGGCGACGAGAUACUAUGUCGCAUCUCGUCUGAUGUUUGACACAUUUGAGGGUCGACUAAAGAAACUGGAGGAGGACAUUACAGAGUCAGAGAAUUCAUCCCAAGCCCUGCUGGCACCUUUUUACUGGAGUCCGAACAACAGAUCGCCGUCCAGAUGCAGUUUCGACUCUUCUCAUUUGCCCUGAUCGUAUUGAACUGUAUGGAGUACAGCAACUGUCAGGCGCCGUCGCACCGCUGGAGGAGAAACAAAAGAGCUAGCUAUGGAGCGUACCCCAUCUGUAAAGGCUGCUCGGUGUGCUCCAGGGACAAUGGCUGUGUAAACUGCCCGCCCAGACUCUUCCUGUUUCUGCGGAGAGAAAGGAUGAGGCAGUACGGGGAGUGCGUACACGACUGUCCAGCCGGAUACUACGGCAUGCGCAGCCCUGAACUCAACAUGUGCUCCAGGUGCAGGAUAGAGAACUGCGAGUCCUGCUUCAGUAAAGACUUCUGCACCAAGUGCAAGUCAGGUUUUUACCUACACAAAGGGCGCUGCUUUGAUAAGUGCCCCGAGGGCUUUGCCCCACUGGAGGAAACCAUGGAGUGUGGAGAGGGCUGCGAGGUGGGCCAGUGGAGCGAAUGGGGAGCCUGCACCAGGAGAAACAAAACCUGCGGCUAUAAGUGGGGUCUGGAGACCCGGACGCGGCACAUUGUAAAGAAACCACCCAAGGACACAAUACCUUGUCCCACCAUCGCUGAGUCCAGGAUGUGCAAAAUGGCCAUGAGGCACUGCAGGAGAGGUGGCUCAGGGAAGCACCGAUCCAAAGAACCAAAGAAGAAGAACAAGCAGAGGCUGCGGUUUCGGGCCCAGAACCAGCACAGCGACCACUUGGCAUCUGCGCGCCCCAGCCAGUGAGGACUGAAACCACGGACUACCCAUUGAACAAAGAACCAACGCGAAGCUGCUAGCUGCUGCUGCACCCAUACUCUGACCAACGACUAUCACAAACCCUACCACCUCCCCUGCCUCCCAGCCCUCCCCCACAUCACCCCACUGCCUACCAGGACACCACCAUGACUCACAAAUCCGUCACUACAAAAAUAUAUGUCUAAUGUACGAUAUCGGUAUCAACUCACUAAACACAUGCUUCAUGCCUCCGCCUCCCGCUGCUUCUCCCCUGCGGCAGUGACCAGCCAGGUGACUCUGUACCCGCAGCCCCACCCCUUGCCUUGCCUUGUGGACCUUUACAGUUGACAUUACUGAACUCAUUUCCCGUUAUUAACAAUGUCAUUAACCAUCCAGGGUGAUGGAAGAAGGAGGGGCAACCAGAGACUGUGGAGGCGGGAAAGCUGGAUAGAGGGAGGUUGAGGUAGUGAGAGGAAGCUAAACUUCUCGGGGAGGGAGGAAGGAGGUGUGAACAGCCCUGACAGAGGAGAAGAAACCAGGGAGGAUGAAAGAAGAUGGAGGAUGACGAGGCAAAAGAGAUUCGGCUGAAGCAAAUGAUGCUGAUGGACAAGAAAAUGGCAUCUUGAACUGAAAGAGACUGUUUUUUGUUCCUAUAUUUAUGUCAAAGCAACCCUCACCAUCCCUCUAAAUGGAGACGCAGUGUUCCCAUGUGUGGCCUUUAUGUUAUGUACAUUUUUGAGAGUAAUAUUAAAGAAAUUACCAUGCAUAGUUGCAAAGUAUUUUAUUCUCAGCACAAACUGUUUACGUUCAGACCGCUUUAUGCUCUAACUGUAUAGUGUGGAUAAAAAAAAAGAAAUUUAGUUGUUCGACUAGCAUGGCAACAGACUCAUGUGUACAUAGUUUAUCUAAUUAUGAAAGCUUAUUACUGUAUUUUCAGUAUUGACUCGUUCACCGUUCUAAAUGUUUUAGAGAUAAAAAGGUUGUAAUACCAAGCUACAGAUUAAAAUGAUUAAAAACAAAUAAUAAACAUAGCCGCCACAUAGCUAUUUCAUUUAUAUGGUAUAUAUUUGAUUUAUUUAUUAAUUCUAUUUUGUACUUUUUUUGUUCAGUGAGAAUUUUUUGCCUCAUACUCUUAUAUGCCGAAAUAUUCUUUGAAUUCCUUAUAACAGUGCAUAUCUUUAACAUGUGGAAAAGUCACGCAAAGUGUUGUAUUACAUUCAUUUGACCUCAUCUACUGAUUUCAAUGUCUGAAGAAGAAGAAGAAAAAGACAAAUAAAACUAUGCUUUGACAUAUUCUAGGUUUAAUAAUUAGGAUCCAGCAAAUGUAUGGUCAUAGGACUGCAUAUGUGUACAUUGUGUUUUAUUAAAAUACAUUUCAUGUGACUGUA